GUUGAAAUCCUGCGAAUCCUUUCUAUUCCUGACAAGAUUAAGACUCCUGUCUUUCAACGACCUCCUUUAAGUGGGAUAAUAUAUGAUACACAUUUCAUAUCCGUAAUGAAUCCAAUACGAUCGACAACUUUCCGAGACGGUGAGGAGUCAAGAUCAACACGUAACGAAGAUAACAAUACUUAUGCAGUUUUACGUUCAAGAACCGAAGAAGAGAAGCAGAAGCGCAGACAAGAAUGGCAACGCCAGCAAGAGCGAGAGAGACAGUGUGAAAAAUUGAAACAGCAAAAAAUUUUAGAAUAUGAAAGGAAACGUGCACAAGCUUUAAAAUAUGCUGAAGAAAAAUCCUCGCGUCACAGUCAAAAUAAAAGUGGUAGUGAAUCUCCUACGCAUGUUCAGUACAGAGGUAGAUCUGCAUCAACUGCUUCCAAAUCUGGUAGCCUUCAUGAAAAAUUAGAUGGGUCUUCAAGUGGAACAGUACCUUUAUUCAGAGAUCCUCAGAAUGCACAGACUGAUACUUCAAAACUACAUCGAAUUACAGUUGAAAUUCAUAGGAAUAUCCCUGUAAAAGGAUCUGUUACCGAGUUACAAAGAGAUAUACUUAAUCCUGAAGAUGUGAUCAUCAAGAGAAGAGAUGGAGAAGGAUGUAAACCAAUAUUCGACAGAGAAGAAUUAAGCAAAAUUAUAGAUAAGGCUAACGAAAUAGAAGAACAACGCAGAGUUGUAACUAUAGAUAAAGAACAAUCAGCCUCGACAACCAAGUCACGUUCUUUGAGAAGACGGUCUUUAUCCUUGAGUCCUAUUAGGAAUCAUGUCUAUUCCGAAAAUCUAUCUUCCUAUACAUCCAGUCGUCGCGCGGGUUUGAAAUACCAGGAUAAGACAGAAAAAUGUGAUACUCGUGAAGAUAAUGGGCCAUUUAUAGAAGAGGGAUCUUAUCGCGAUAGAUAUCGUAAAAGAUCAAACGAACGUUCUUAUGAAAGAAGAGAUAGGGACAGGGACAGAGAUAGAGAUAGGGACAGGGAUAGGGACAGGGACAGGGAUAGGGACAGGGACAGGGAGAGAGACAGAGAUAGAGAUAGAAAUAGAGACAGAACUAAAGAUAGAAAUAGGUCCAGAGAACGAAGGGAUAUAGCACCACAUUAUAUUGAAUCGUCAAUAUCCGUACCUAUCUAUUAUAAUUUUCCUCCGAGACCUAUCAUAACAAGUCCUAUGGUUCCAUUAAGAGGACAGAUUCCUCCUAUGGGAAGAGGUAGACAUCCUACUUUAAUGGCACCAGUUAGACCAUUUCCACCACGAUUUCCUCCAGAUAUAUACAGAUUGGGACAUCCACCUCCAAAUCCAAGAUAUGGACCAUUUUGAAACAGUGGAUAUAUUUUUAUACAUCAUCAAGAACAUUUUAUGAACAC